AUGGGCACUACUGAAAUUAAUCUUAGUAUAAAUAGCUGCACGCGCUCUGUUCCAAUGCAUUGCCCUAAUCAGUAUUCUCCGCAGAAAGCAGUCUCGAGAUUUUCUCCCCUUAAGGUUCAGGUACUCGUUCCUUGCCGUUUUCAGAUGAGAGGUAGGAGUUAUACUCCAUCACCUCCUAGAGGUUAUGGUAGAAGAGGGAGGAGCCCCAGCCCAAGAGGACGCAACGGUGGCCGUGGGAGAGGAGAUGCUCCUACCAGUCUUUUAGUUCGCAACCUUCGCCAUGACUGUCGGCCAGAAUACUUGAAGAGGCAAUUUGGACAAUUUGGCCCAGUAAAGGACGUCUAUUUGCCGAGGGAUUAUUACACUGGGUGAGCUGUGUUGGAUGUCGGUUUUACCGCUUUGGAUUUUUUAAUUCUUUGUUCCUUUUUAAUCCUAUAUUUGAUAAUAUAGUGUUUAUAAUAAGUUAUGCCUUAAUUGUCAAUCACUUGGCAUUCUGUUUAAAGUUGAAUUUUUGUUAAAUAAUUAUUUUUUUUCAAAUUGGAUUUCAUUA